UCGCCUUCCCACCUCCGCCUUGGAGUUGGGCAUCGACUCGACAAACAAACACGACAAACGCGUUAAGUUCCUUCUUCCGAGUGCACACAGGAAGCCGGAACCAUGACAGAACCCGAGAAUUUCGAUGAUGAGCUAUUCGCUGAUCUUUAUAAUGACGAUGAGCCAGCGGGCAAGGCGGCACGCGCCGCCGAGGUCGACCAGUACUCAGCAGUACAACCUGUAGCCGAGAUCAAAAACGAAAAUGUCGAAGAUGUUGGUCAACAACAGGAUUACAAUAACGGGGGAGAGGUGAAGUACGAGGAAGAAGAGGAGGAUGAUGAUGACGAAAUCGACUUCAACCUCGGAAACGGGCCAUCGACCGCCGUGGCACAUCAUGAGCAUCACGACAACCAUGACCGUCAGGAAGAUGACGAUGAGAAGCCGGCAUACAACGCGCCCGCCGCACCUGUUAUGCACACCAAGGGUCCCAAUGCUAAGGAAGAUGGGUAAGUGAAUUCUCUUUUUACUUGGGCAUGACAGAUAUGACAACGGACCUUUGUUGGGGUCCUCGCGAUGCCAUUCGCCACGACGCUGGGGCAUGGUGAUGUUGCCCUGCUUGACAUG